AUGUCGACCAUUAUGUCUGAUCAUGUUGUGAAGAUGGCGAAGGAAUUUGUCAGCUUCCUGAAUCAAGCCAUCACACCAUUUCACACGGUGCAAACGGUUGCCGCAAUGCUGAGAGAUGCCGGGUACACUCAGCUUGAUGAGGAGAAACAUUGGGAGGAAAUUGCUCCAGGUGGCAAGUACUACUUGACGCGCAAUGGCACGAGCAUUGUCGCGUUUGCAGUCGGAGGAAAAUUUGAUCCAGCAAGUGGUGUAAAGAUUGUUGGGGCGCACACGGAUUCCCCUAAUUUUCUACUGAAACCGCGCACAAGAUCAACUUCCUCUGAUUACCAGCGGGUCGCGGUGCAGUGCUAUGGUGGCGGUCUGUGGCAUACAUGGUUUGAUCGUGACUUGACAGUUGCUGGCCGCGUCAUCAUUGCGCGAGAGCGUCUGGAACAGAAGAUAAUCAAGAUCGACAAGCCUAUUAUGCGCAUCCCAAAUCUCGCUAUUCAUUUGACCACUGCCAAGGAUCGAGAAGCCUUUUCUCCAAACAAGGAGUCUCAUUUGAUCCCUGUCAUCUCCACGCAGAUAGCCGCAAAGCUUGCGGAAUGUGAUGAUAAUGACGGAUCGAAUCCGAAUCACUGCAUUUCCUUGAUGAAGGCAAUUGCAAGCGUUGCUGGAUGUAAUCCAGGCGAAAUAGUCGAUUUUGAUUUGAGUGUCAUUGAUACACAACCGGCGGUGAUUGGUGGAAUCCAUGAUGAGUUUAUUUUCUCACCGCGCCUCGAUAAUCUGAUUUCGUGCUACUGCGCUGUCAAGGCGCUUGUUGGCGCUGAUCUGUUAGAGAAUGAUUCGAUGAUGCGCAUGAUAUGCUUAUUCGAUCACGAAGAGUGUGGCUCCAGCUCAUCUCAGGGUGCUGCGGGCUCUCUUGUUCCUGAUGUUAUUGAGCACAUUGUGAGUAACAAAACGCUUCGUGCAACGUUGGUUGCAAAUUCAUUUCUUCUCUCCGUCGAUGGGGCACAUGGGUGCCACCCGAAUUACGCUGACAAGCACGAAUCUGCUCACCGGCCAGCUCUUCAUGGAGGACCUGUUAUAAAAUAUAAUGCAAAUAUCCGUUACGCGACAAACGGAUUAACGGCCGCUGUUGUGAAAGUUAUGGCGAAAAAGGCCGACGUGCCCAUUCAAGAGUUUGUGACACGCAAUGAUUCUCCAUGCGGAUCUACCAUUGGACCAAUCCUGUCCGCUCUGUCCGGUAUUAAAACAGCCGAUAUUGGCAAUCCCAUGAUUAGCAUGCACAGCAUCCGCGAGAUGUGUGGCACUCUUGACGUCUACUACAUGACAAAACUGAUUGAAUCCUUUUUCGUCAAUUACCAGAAUUCGUCUGAGUAA